UGAGCGUGCGCUCCUCCUCUGUCACGUGUGCACAGCUGCGUGACGCGCAUCGGCCAUUUUGAGUUGUUUGUUCAGCGAGGAGCGCUUGUUAUUUUCCAGACGAACGCAGAUCAAAGGCCGAAACAGUCGAAAGAAUCGCUCGAAAGACAUUUCACCCUUUCCUUCCAUCAUUAUGGGUCCACCGCGCUGCAGAUCCCGCCGUCUGUUACUUGAGAGAACGGAGGACUUCGGUCGGUUUGUCAGUUUAUCUUGACAUGGCUUAUACGGGUGUGUGACGACUGUGGAAAAGCUCGAAAACAAACGGGAGACCAUUAAGCUAAACCUCCGCCGUCGAUCGAUCCAUCCGGGGUGGGUUUUUUGCACUGAGCUCGGUGUAUUAAGACGUGUUAGGAUUGCUUCGCAGUACUUGCUCCGAUCGCAACGGGCUUGGAAGACAACUCGAGAAAAUGACGAGAAACAAUAGUUAGCCAGCCACGCAUCGAAGCCAGUCUCUGCUAGCAUCGCGAUAACAAACAGAAAACAGGCAAAAACAAAAUGUAACAGUCGGUUUAUUGAUGAAUACUAGCUUUGAAUGCUCUCGUAGAUUUCAUACUAGAUAAAAAAAAGAGAUGUAGCUCCCUUCAACCAGGUUAUUAGUCGGUGGUGUGUGUGUGUAUUCAGCGUAGUUAGCAUUAGUUUGCUAGCCAGCCACAAAAUAAAAGCCUCACAAUGAAACUCAACCGUGGCAGGAGAGCUCGUGGGCCCAUUUUAUGCCCUUGAAUCCCAAGAUGUCCAGCAAACUCUGUGUUCUUACUCCGUGCCAAGAUCUCAUGGCAUCUGCAUUUCUCUGCCAUGGUUGUCUUUCUCACCUGUCAUUCAGAUGUGCUUUUAUGAGACCGUAUAUUCAAAGACAUGGAUACAAGCAAGAGUCAAUCUCGGAAGAGACUUUCCAAAGUCAAAUCUCUUGGUCAGCUUUUUAGAUAACUUUAAACCAGAUUUAUUUAUCUAAAGACAGGGAUCUGUCCCCUCACACACACGGACACAAACACAAAACUGUCGGAAUGGGCUUUCAGUGUAGCAGACAUUUGUGUUUUCUGUCCUUUAUUCAGUGAUACAACGCAGUUUCUCAUAUAAAAAUAAUACUAAUUGAUCAGGUCGUGUUAUAUGAGUUUGUUUUUUUAGUUUACACGUAGCCUUGGCUUGGUUGUUUGUUUAAAAAAAAAAAAUGGUGUAACACAUCAAAACUUAGACAAGUGCAAAUUUACUUGGCCCAAGUGCACUACCCAUAUUGAUUAAAAAUGACUUGAUUUGAUUUCGCUCACUUUGUUCUUUAAUUCAAAUUAGUAUGUACUGCAGGUAGUGCUUGGUUAUAGCUUUAGUUUUUAAAAGGGUUUGUAAACCACAUAGUCUACAGUCAAGGAAAUAAAAAGCGAAGGAGAAAAAAAAAAAAGUCUGCUUAAGGAAAAUAGUACUGUCCGUAAUAAUGGGAGACCCAAAUUCUCGCCGGAAUCAAACAAGAAACCGACUCCGCGCCCAGCUACGGAAGAAACGAGAAUCUCUGGCUGAUCAGUUCGACUUCAAGAUCUACAUUGCCUUUGUAUUUAAGGAAAAGAAAAAGAAGUCUGCACUCUUCGAAGUAGCUGAGGUGGUACCUGUGAUGACCAACAACUAUGAGGAAAAUAUCCUUAAAGGCGUGAAGGAUUCGAGCUACUCCUUAGAGAGUUCUUUAGAGCUUCUCCAGAAAGAUGUGGUGCAGUUACACGCGCCUCGUUACCAGUCGAUGCGUAGAGAUGUGAUCGGUUGUACCCAGGAGAUGGACUUUAUCCUUUGGCCCCGCAAUGAUAUUGAGAAGAUUGUCUGUCUCCUGUUCUCCAGAUGGAAAGGGGCUGAACAUGAACCAUUCAGGCCUGUUCAGGCCAAGUUUGAGUUUCAUCAUGGAGACUAUGAAAAGCAGUUUUUGCAUGCUGUUGGUCGGAAGGACAAGGCUGGGAUGGUUAUGAACAACCCCAAUCAGUCUGUCUUUCUGUUCGUGGACAGACAGCACUUACAGACUCCAAAAACCAAGCUCACAGUUUUCAAGUUGUGCAGCCUCUGUCUCUACCUGCCACAGGAUCAGCUCACCUGUUGGGGGGUUGGAGACAUCGAGGACCACCUCAGUCCAUACAUGCCUGACUAGGAGAAACGCACGGAAGACACCCCUCGAGGCCUCGAAGCAAGUUGUCCUUAUCUACACAUCCCUCAGUCGAAUAGAUAUGAACUUGUGCUUGGAACUCUCUUUUUUGUUAACCACUCAUUUUCAUCGUGAGAUUUAAUUUAGCUCCUUUUUUUAGUUUUAAAUCCCUCCCUCAACCAGUCUUGGUUUGGCUCACCCCAUCUCUCCUCUCUUUGAUCAGUUUUUAUUUAAACCUGCAUGAACAUUGAUUUUGAGUGGUUGUUCUCUUGGAGCUGCACCGUCAACAAUACCAGUCACCGAAGGAACUCUUUACGUUA